AGUGGCAAUCAUCUUCAACUCAGUCAGCGUAUCCCACGUGAGACAGCAUAGCCAAUGAAAAGAGAGGCUUUGUACCCGCCGCAAAGCUGAUCUGAGGAUGUAUUUGCACGAAAUAGCUCAACUUUGUCAAGCUUUGAGAGUGUCAAAUUCUUAGUAAUCAUAAAAAAUUUGAAAAAAUAUGAAAGUGCAAUAAUCCGUCGAUUAUAAGAACAACUGAAAUUAAAUUUCGGUUCAACAAAUUCGAAAUAUUGGGCUUUAAAGUAUGGUAUUAUUCCGUCGCCAUUUUGACUAAGUUUAGUUGUAAGUGCUGAUGGUUUGAUAGAAUUAUUUACAAAUUUCUUGGAGAUUUCUUAAGAUUUUGAAGACUUUUUCAUUUCGUGCAAUUUCGGAAAGUGUAAGGAUGACACAACAAACAAAUACAACGAACUGGGUGAUACAAGGAUCGAAUGGGCAGCCUCAAAUGAUUAAAUUGAUGCAACCUACAGGAAAAACUUUUAAUGGCAUAAUGACUUCAGCAAUGACUGGGCAACCAGUGAAAAUUAUCAAGACAUCAGCUUCUGCUUCUGAUGAUUCUCAACAGAUUUAUGCUACCAGCCUCGCCUCUAAUCAAGUUUUAAGAACUAUAUCAACGCCUAAAAUAGUAACAAAAGCCAUUCCAAUUCAAGUUAACAAAGUGCCCACUUUAAAAACCAUAAAAUUAACCCCAUCACAAAUGCAAGGUAUCAAACUUGCGCCCCCUUUGAAUUCUACAAAAGUCCAGAUUUCUCAGCUCAACUCUACUUCGUCCUCGGUACCUGUUUUUACUUCUCAAACUUCGCCAAUAUCGAAAAACGUGACACCUCCAAUUUUAUCGAGGAAGAGACAAGAACACGUGGAAUUGGAAUACGCACCAGAAUCAAAACGUGGGCGAAAAUCGGAAAAAGUGGGUAAAGGUCUCCGUCACUUUUCUAUGAAAGUAUGCGAGAAGGUCAAGCAGAAAGGUACAACCACUUAUAACGAAGUAGCAGAUGAAUUGGUAACGGAAUUCACCAGUUCAACAAAUAAUUCUUUGGCGGAUCAGUACGAUCAAAAAAACAUCAGGAGAAGAGUGUAUGAUGCUCUCAAUGUAUUAAUGGCCAUGAAUAUUAUUUCUAAAGAAAAGAAAGAAAUUAGGUGGAUAGGACUACCUACGAAUUCUCUCCAGGAAUGCCAUCAGCUCGAACAAGAGAUGCAAAAUAAAUUAAGGACAAUAAUAGAAAAGGAGAGGCAAUUAAAUGAGCUGAUCCUCAAUCAAAUCGCUUUUAAGAAUUUGGCCCACCGUAACAGGGAAAACGAAAAAUUAUACGGAAUGCCAUCUCCGAAUUCUUACAUCCAGCUGCCUUUUAUCGUUGUCAAUACUAAUAAGAAGACUGUUAUUAAUUGUAGUAUUUCUAAUGAUAAGAUGGAAUAUUUGUUUCAAUUCAAUAACAAAUUUGAAAUUAAUGAUGACAUGGAGAUUUUAAAAUCAAUUGGAAUGUUAUCAGGUUUAGAUACUGGUACCUGUACGCCUGAGAAUUUAGAGAAAAUCAAGACGUUAAUUCCACAAUCGUUAUGGCCAUAUUUGGAUAAAAUAGCUAAUGGACGACCACAUUCGUACGACAGUUUUCUUGAAGAAUCGAGUGCGGGAACUAGUUCGUUUUCUGUACUCAAUCCAGACGAAUUAGUAGAGGCGCGAUUGGACGAAGAUAAUUCGCGUCAGUCGUCUAGUUUCGAUCCGUUAUCGCCCAGUCCGCAAGAUUAUUCCGAAGAAGAAGCCGAAUCGGACAUUUCUAGUGAUAAUGAUGUCCAUUAGUAUUUUUAUUGUUGCAUUGUACUCCGAUAUCGUGAGUGUGUAUUUUCGUACAAUUUUCAGAUAAUUCGGCGCGACGUCCAACUCGUUACAAAAUCGGUCUAUAAAAAAAAAUUAUUUUUUUAGAAAGUUUUCCACAAAUUAUUUUAAUUUUAUUAUUUUUUCUUUUAAAAAAUUUUGAAUUUUUUAAGUCUCCGAAUUAUUUCUCUAAUUACAAUUGGUUUGUUAGUUGUAGGUCUAGAAUUGUCGCAUUUAUUUAUUUAUUAUACAAUCACCGCAUAAUUUCCAGGUGAAAAUUUUUUCCUGAAAUCUAUGGAGAUGUUUCGAAUCAGUACUUUUUGUGAUGUUGUAAACCUCAAACAGUAGAUAUUCGUUUGCAGAGAUUGCACAAUCUUUGGUUACUUUCCGACAGAGUAAAGGUUUUAUGAGUUAUUGCAUUGAUUUUUAGUCUAAUUGGUUGUCUGUAAUCGUUUAAAAACCAUUCCUGAAUUCAAUUUGUUUACACUUUUUCUAAUGAGUCUUUAUAUCCUAUGGGUUUCACAUAUCGAUCCCAAAUAUGUUUCUCAGAGGACAAAUCUUUACACCUACAAGUGGAAACCAGUAAUUUUCUUGAAUCUUUUUUCUACACGGGAAGGUUUUGAAUCGGUAAAAGGCUUUUUUAUUGUUCUGAAAUCAAAAAUACCUUGUUGUUUUAGGUCAUUAGGUUUUUCUAUAGCAUUCCUAAAUCAAUUUUAAUACCAAUGUCUAUGUUCGUCUAUUUGCAAUAGUCCAGUUUUCAAUUCUACUUUGACUUGAAAAACUAGUGGACAUUUUAUGCCGAUACCAGUUUCUGUCGUGGUUGUUUAAUCAUCUGUAUACCAUUUUAUAUUUUCCUUUAUUUUCAUAAUUUUUCUUACUACUUAGUAUCAUAAACUCCAUAUUCAUGCUUAUUUUUUCCAUCAUUUGCGUUUUAUCCUUUUUAUUUUGAAAAAAAAAAUUACAUUUGUCAAAUUUGGAUUUUUGUACACCGAAAAUCAAUUUCAAAUGCCGAAUCUUUACAAAAAAAAGACAAGCGAAAAAAUAACCUUUUUUACAUGAAAAUAUUGUAGCGAAAAUUAGCACCAAAAUAUAUUUUUGUCUAUUAGAUCGAGAAAACGAAAAAGUAAUAAAAUUUCCGAGUGAUAAAUAUCAAGUGCUUAAAAAAAGUUUGUAGAUACUGAUCGGUUUUUUUUUGUAAUGGACCAAAUUCCCAUUAUUAAAUAAUUUACUCACAAUCUAAAAUUUAUUUUACAGACCGAAUGAAAAGUAGAGUCGAUUUUUUAUUCAUGUAAUCAUAUAUUAACAACUACUAUUAAUUAUUCAAGCACUAAAUUCUAAUUCCCUUUGCUCAUUUCCUCCAUUUGCACAAGUUUCUGGAACCUUGAACUGAACACACUACUUUCUACACUGACAGUCACACUAUUUGGUCCUAUGAACUCUAUUCGUCGCUGUUUCAUACUUGCCUCAAAGGAACAAACAGACCAUUUGGCAACACUACGCCUUGGUGAGUUAAUAUUAAGAUAUGUGGUUAAUCAAAGAAAUUACUCUUAAUAAGAAAGGAUUUGUUGCCUGUUAAUAAGAACAAUAAAAGAAACAUCUAUACAAUAGACAACGAUUCACAUGGGCACAUUUAUUAAAUCUAGUACAGAAAUACGAAUUAAGUUAAUCAUAUUUGCUUCACUGCUACCUGUAAAUCUAAAAUCAAAUUAGAACAACAAUUUAGUACAUCGAACGACUUAACCUUGUAAGGAACCGCAUGCGUAACGUUUUCUUUUUAGUAUAUAAUCGCACGGUAUACAUCAUUUAAGACUUGUGGUCAUGUUAAAUCCGCCACAUUAAAAAUCUAGUAGUUGAUAAUAUAUGAAUAACAAAACGAUAAAUAAUUCAUUAUGAAAUAAUCUAUACCCCGAAUUUUUUACUUUUACCCGAAUUAUGUCACAUUUUUAAGUAUUACAAAUUUUUUAUAUAUAUAUUUUUCCCAUUCCCUGGAAUUUGUACAUAUUUUGGAAGAAACUGCGUGACAGAAAUGUUUGUUGUAAUUAUUUUUGUAUAUAUAUAUUUUUUUUUGAAUAAAAUCAGUUUUUUUGUUGGAUAUAGUAACAGUUAGGUUAUACAAUCUUUACAUUUAUGUUUGAUUUUUAAAUUUUUAUUGUUAAAAUUAAAAUUAGAUUAAGAACCUUUAUGUGUACAAACACACACACACACAAAUUGAUGAUUUUAUUCCGAAAUCAAUAAACUCAAAACAACGUUUACAAAA